UCCGAAACUCACGGAUCUCUCAGCUGUUCUCAGCUUAUCGUAAAAUCGUAGAUGUGCCCAGCGACAGCAUACACGUUGCUGAUCGCUGCCACGGCAUUCACGAUACACGCGAUUUCUGUGACGCGAUCCCUUUUGACGAUCGCUAUUGGCGCUAUUUAUCCCGCGUCAGCGUACUCGUAGCGCAUGAAAAGCGUUCUACUUGUUCUCCAUCAGCCUUGGCUUUUCCUUCCUAAAGAAAAGCUUUCUCUACGAAUUCCUCUCGCUGCGGUAAUAAUCGAAUGGCUCGUGGACAACAAAAGAUACAGUCUCAAGCUAAGGCGGCAGAAAAAAGCGCGAAACUAAAGAAACAGCAAGGACACAGUGCCAAUGAUCAAAAAAAGGCAGCGCAGAAAGCACUUGUGCAUGUGUGUACUGUAUGCAAGGCCCAAAUGCCAGAUCCUAAGACUUACAAGCAACACUUUGAAAAUAAACAUCCUAAGAAUGAACUGCCAGAUGAUUUGAAAAAUAUAUGAGAGUAUGAAUUGUUAUAAAGUCAGGAUUGGGUGAGAGCGCAGGAAAAAUUUGCUGCAUCUAACAAAGUGAUAUAGUUCAACAUCUUCAUCUGAUCAUUGCAUAGUUUCAGAAAAUGAAUUAAAUCUUGUUAGUGUUUUAACUAAUCUAUUGCACUCGACAGAUUGUUGUGCACGACUCCAAAUAUUAAGCAUAAUUAAUGAUUUACUUAGAAAUUCUUCAUUUGUGAACUUUAACAUUUUUCACGCACUUCAUAUAAUCAAUACUUUUCAUAUAAACGUUAUAUUUGAAGAGAUUCUGUGUAUAUUUCUAAAUAAAGUUCAUAAAUUUAACGGCAAAAUUUUGAAACAUUUAAGCACAUAAGAAAAAACGCAAUACCGUCGAUUUCCUAUUUCUGUUACGAAGGAAGAAGAUAACAAGAAUAAUAUAAAUGAUUAAAUAGAAUUAUGUAAUUAUAUAUUAAGAGCAUUUUUAUUCAAGUUUUUUACGACUCAUUAUUUGAAAUCGUUACACAAAAAAAGUAUUUCAGUAUCAUAAAUUUUUCCUUUAUGAAAAGAAUAUAUUUUCUAUCAUUGACUUUGUUGCAUUUAAGUAAUAGUUAUGUAUUUUGAGAUAUAAGUUUAUAAAAACAAGAGGUUGAAUGAUACAUAACAAUCUUUGACUACAUGACUGCCAAUUUAUACUCGAUUGUAUUCUCUUUAAAAUAAGAACAAUCAAUAACUGAAA